CCAUGCACAACGACUUUUAAAUUUACAAUUGAACAUGAAUCAUGUUCCCAAGAAAGAACAUAAAUAUCUCGUGAAAGUAAAGGUAGAUCGAUUAAAGAUACAGUUGCAAAUCUGUGAAAUCUUAGAACAAUGAAUUCCUGUUAUAAUUACCUAGUCAUUUUAUCUGUAUUCUGGAAUGGAUUCGAGAGAAUUGAGGGCACAUGUACUUUUCCGACCACGUGGGACGGUACAUGGUACGACAGCAGUCUGACUGCCGCGGAUGUAACAUUCAACAAAGCUAGUCUCCAAGUCACUUCCGGUUGGACCAUCACUGCCUACUCCUCAACUGUGACGACAUGGACAUGCGUGGACCAUGAUUCAAGCAGUAAUUUGAUACUCUUCAAAGGUGAUCAACAUGUUAACCUGUUUAGCUCACUUCAAAACGCCUUUAGAUGUCUGAAAUAUACAAAAAUGAGCGACGGCAAAUAUAUUUACUAUGUGUAUGCUGAUAUUCAAGUCAACGCAAACAAUGCACGAGUGCAUAUAGAGAGCCAUGACCCGUCUGUGACGACAUAUACCAUAUCUUCGACAUACUGUAACCCCUCUGACCUCAGCACAGAGGAGUAUGCGGUUCUUGUCCAAGCAAGUCAAACGUCUGCUGCCAAAGUCUACUUCCCCACCCCUUUCCUUGGAACGUUUGCCUACACCCACAACGACGGUAGCUCCACGACCUGUGGGUCGGGGUCUGUAUGGGACGUGUGUACAGACAGGCAAAUCAUGACCGUCAACUACACACAGUGCGCCACCAAGCAAUUCUACUCCACUGGUGGAGAAUCAUAUUGUGUCUACUACACAUCAAGCGGAAGUACCUACUACACGACCGUUCUGAAUACCGAUUCCACGGUGGAUUUUUCAACCACCUACCGUUUCACAUGCUACGCUGUGACGUCAUCAGGGUCAACAGUGUAUGCCAGUGAUAGUAUAGGUCAGUGUGAGAGGUCCCAGUCCCCCACAACCAAACAGUCCGAUGGGACGGGCACAUUGGUGUUCACUCCCUAUGUGACAUGUCCGUUUACCACUGAUGAACCAGCGUCAGCGUCCUCUCUGGGUUUGAUUAUUGCGAUCGUGGUCGUUCUCCUGCUUCUAAUCAUAGCUGUGAUCGUCGGAUUUAUCCUUUACAAGAAAUUCAAGGGACAACACAAAACAAUGCACCAAACUCUCAGAGAAAACCAAGCUGGCAUGGCAUUAGAGACUUACAGGGACGCCUUAAGUAUAAGCCCUACAGAAGACGGGCGCUUACCACCCAUUACGCCCUCCUCAAAUCUGCCUAAAUCCGAGGACCCAGAGGCCCCGGCGCCUCUCCCUCCCAUUAAAAAAGUCAGCCUGGAAGAAUUAUCACCACGUGAUGCCACGGCAAUUGACAUUCCAGAGAAGAAACAAUUAGAACCAAUCAGCGUGCCUGUUGCAAACGGAGUUGAAACGAGCACUUCCGGCAACCCGCCACUACCACCAAUUAGACACUGAAUUGAACUCUUCAUUUAUUUCUAUAGACAUCAUCAAUUCAAAUAAGAUUCCAUUGAUUGCGUGUCAUUCAGCCGGGUUGUUGCUGCUGUUUUCUUUUAUUUUUUAUUAUCAUCUUGUUAAUUGACUGAGAAUUCGUCUCUAUAUGAUUUAUACCGAGUAAUGUAAUCAUUAGAUCAAACAUAGAUAUAUUUUUAACAGCAAUUUGUGAACUUUAAUGAUAUUUUAUUCAGCUGUUAAACGAUUUUCCCUUGUAAUAUGAGAAAGAACAUACAGACAAUUAGCGUUUAGACUUGAAUCAAUCAAGAUUCUAUAUUUGCAAAUGACUUGGCAUUGAUCGAUCUCAUCAUUGUUAUACGUAAUUGAAUAGAGGUAUUGAAUGCACUUCGAGAAGGUCGUUCAUUAAUAGAUAUAUUAAUGUGUUUAAAACACAUAAUCCCCAGAUGGUUUCCAACUUUCAUGUACAUCUUGGGAUUCCCAUUUCUGUGUUACAGUGGUAUUUUAAUAAAGUUGUUUAAGUUGUUUA